AUGGGAAGAAAUCCAGAGUAUUGGCAAAAUCCAGAAGAAUUCUUACCAGAGAGGUUUAAGGACAGCUCCAUUGAUUUUGGUGGAGAUCAAAGUUUUGAAUACACGCCUUUUGGAGGAGGUCGAAGGGUUUGUCCUGCAAUUAAUAUGUCAAUUGUGUUAGUAGAGUUUGUCCUUGCCAAUGUAUUGUGUACUUUCAAUUGGGAAUUGCCAGAAGGAUUGACGAGGGAAGACUUGAACAAGGAGGAGUUUGCAGGCUUAAGGAGUAGAUAUCCACUUGAGCUUGUGCCCAUCAAGCAUGUGGUUAGGAAAUCUAAUUAA